CAGAGGUCAGCCAGUCCACGACGACAAGCUAUAGAAGCUGCGGCCGUUCCUUGAGCCUCUCAUCAACAACUUCCAGCGGUGCUACACACUUCACCGAGAGCUGUCUGUGGAUGAGGCAAUGAUUGGUUUCAAAGGGAGACUGGUAUUUAUUCAGUACCUCCCUAAAAAACCCACGAAGUGGGGCAUGAAAGCCUAUGUGUUGGCAGACAGCUCCACAGGCUAUGUCUGGGCCUGGAUGCUUUACACAGGAAAAGACAACUCACUUGAUGUCACUGGGAGGAACCACACACACGCUGUGGUUAUGGCACUCGUUGAGAAGCUGCAGGGAAGAGGGCAUCACAGUCUACACGGACAACGUUUAUUCCAGUCCGGCCCUCUUCGCAGAACUGAGGGAGAAGGGAUUUGGAGCAUGUGGGACUGUGCGGGUGAAUCGACGAGGUUUGCCACAAGAAUUGAAGAAGAAUCUGGCAAAGGGGGAUGUCUGUUCGGUGGCCCAUGGACGAAAGCAUGGUGGCACUCAAAUGGGCCGAUAAACGCCAAGUUUCGAUGUUGUCCACCGUGCACGACGACUCGAUGAUGACGAAGACACGGAGAACACGA